GCAUUAGCGAGCGCAGUUACAGUCGAUCCUGCCGGCGAAGUUUCCGCAGCCCCAGAUCUCCGCGCCUCAAGUCCUGGCAGCCCCAGUUCUCCGUGGCCCCCGAGGACUCUGAAACUCCCGCAGCUGCAGCCCAACGCAUCCCGAGGUCCUGCACCUCUACGCGCCCACCAUGCUGCUGAAGCGUCACUAUUUCCCGUCCUUGGGAACCAGCCAGCCUGUGUGGAAGAAGCACCGUCUUCUUUCAGGAGGGUUCUUUUCCAGUCCAGGUCUGCUCCUGCUGCUCCUCAGCAGCCUGCAUGCUGAGAGUGAGGUCAAAGAAAUCCACGCGAUGGUGGGCAGCGAUGUGGAGUUUGGCUGCCUUUAUCCCGACAGAAACCAUUUCAGCUUGAAUGAUCUGCUGUUUGUCUAUUGGCAAAUCGAAAACCCCCAAACUGUGGUGGCCUACUACCUGUCCAAUGAGUCUACAGGGGUGUAUGAGGAUGACCGAUACAAGAACCGGGCCCAUCUGUCACUGGAACGCAUGAAGCAGGGUGACUUCUCUCUGCACCUGCAGAAUGUCACUCCCCAGGACAACCAGGAGUUCACAUGCCUGAUAUUUAGGAAUACCAAAAAAGUCUUAAAUGAGACAGUCAGGCUGCACGUGGCAGCGAACUUCAGCACACCCGUCAUCAGCACCUCUGGUCCCGCCACCCGAGACCAGGAGGGACUCACCCUCACCUGCGUAUCCAGGAAUGGCUACCCCAAGCCCAACCUCUACUGGAUCAACCGGACGGACAACAGCCUGAUAGACGAGGCUCUGCAGAAUAACACCGUCUCCUUGAACGAGUGGGGUCUAUAUGAUGUCAUCAGCACCUUGACGGUCCCAUGGGUGGCUCAUGUGAAUGUUAGCUGUUCUAUAGAGAACGUGGUUCUCCACCAGAACCUCACUAGCAUCAGCCAGGCAGAAAAAUUCCCUGGAAACAAUGACAGCUUCACAGGCAAUCUACAGGAGCACCGCAGCCAGAAUGCCAUUUUCAUCAUCCUUCCUUUGCUCCUGGUGGUCGCGGGUGUCAUUGUUGCCUGGGUUUGCAGAGCCAAGUGUCCCCACAGACGCUAUAGAGGUCCCUGGACUGUCGCACGGGAGCUCACAGACCAUGCCUGACAGGACUCUGCCCAGGAUGUAAACUGGGCUUCUGUGAGAUGCCACCAGUGGAUGUUGGGCACAGCUUCAGAACUGAAUCCCACGGGCCUGGUGGCAGAGGGGACAAUGGGCUAUCCGCUUAUGCUCUGUGAUGGAGGACAGGAGUCCCCGGUCUUGAGAGGCACAUAGGAUUGAUUCCAGAAACCGCGAGGGAGACCUUUCUAGUGGACAGAGGUGACAUCAGAAUACGGAGCCCACCCGUGAGUAGCUCCCAUCCAACACAGAGAGGAAGCACUUGUGGGGAGGUCUUUCCCCAGCUGGAGCCCCAGAGCACGUGACUUAUUCCCAAGUUCUUCGAAAAAGGGCAUUUGAGCCACUCUGAAAGCACCUACAAAAUCCACUGGAGACCAUUUCCCUACAGAACUUUCAGGAGGGGAGAAAGUCUGACCUUAUUUAUUUUGGCCUAUUCGGGCCUCCUAGAGGCUGUGUGGGCUUUUGUCUACAGAAAACCUGCUGUUGGUGACAAUGACUGGGCUCAGAGGUUUGGAGUCCAUGGCUUUGCAACAUCAAAGGGACAGACCUCAAAGCAAAACACGGCCCAUGCGCCACCCAUGGUGCUUCUCGCUCAUAAUCGAGGGCCCACGAGUCCAACUAUCCUGUGGAUAUAGAAGCUUCCUGCAAACCUCUAACUCUUCCAGACUGCCCACAAAGCUGGGGGAACACAGUUCCCCUCCCCCGGCCUCAGCAGCCCAGGAAGACCUAUGAAGACCCCUGCCAUUCUUGAAACCAUCAGACCCAUCACGUGGCCGCAGCCUUCAGGGUCUUUAUGGUGUUUGCCAGAAUAGAACGAGCGACUCUGGUUCUAGAUGGUUCUGUAAAGUUGGCUGCUGGGCCACCUAGGUGUGCACAAGCUCCAGGGACAUGCAGUCAGGACAUGGACGCCCCAGUGGGACACGACAUCUGACCCUACUUGUGAGCAAGCACCUUUCCCCUUUCCUACCCAGAGGCUUCAAAGUCCUGGACAGUAAGGGCCUGUGAGAGAUCUCAGGCCUGGAUGAAGCAGGAGUGAGAACCCUUGGGUCAGGCUCAAGAGGAUCAGUAUUAUGCGGAUCUGUCUGCUUUGCUGCCCACAGACUCUCCUUCACAUGGACUUCUUUAUGGAACGAGCACUGAGACCCACGUCUUCCUGCAAGCAUUAUGUAUCCGUAAAAUAGCAAUUGUCGUUAUGGGUCCUGAGUUGGCAACUACCGCAAGGAAGGACAAGGAGCUCCUGGGGUGCAGAGCCCCAAGGAGAGUAGUUUGGGAAUAAGUGCCUCCCCAAGUCCCAGGACACAGACAUGCCCCAGGGGUCUGGGUGGGGUGGCAUGUGGCUGCCCAGCAGGGACAUUCACUCAUCUACUUCCACUUUUCUGUCAGAAGGGAGUUUCGGGUCAGAAAGUGAUCAGCCCUGCAGUCUAGAUGCCUCGGGCACCACAAACACCAUUCCCACUGCUUGUGUAGACAGUGGGAACCCUCACCAACUGUGCCUAGACCUUUGGCUGCUCACUCUAUGGUCACCAUUGCUGGGUGAUUCCAGCAGGCCUCACCUUCCCAUGGACCCCUGGGAGAACCCCCUUCCACACCCCAGCGCAUCAGCAUUUGGGAGACCUGCCCUGUAACCUCUGCCUCCUUCAGCCCAGAAGCCUGCUAGCGCUCUUUAUCUGGGUUGUAGAUGGGGCUGGAUUUCAAUGUUCUAGUAAUUUCCAGAACUCUGACAAGGGAAUAAA